UUUGGAAAUCGGAGUCGGAGUUAGAAAAAUGUCUCAUCACCGUCACCCACGACGACGAACACCAUAAACUCAUCGUCCUCAACAACUACCCCCUCUAGCAAUAGACACUAUGCGCCAGUCCGUCGCACCGAGUCGCAUCUCACAUGCCGCAUCCCUAGCAUCGCAGGCCAAUAAUGCAUCCGCAAUAUCACGUUUGCAGGAGAAAAAGAAAGAAUUCGAGGCCGUUGCUGCGCUUGAACGUGCUAGCGCUCUCUUCCUGAAACGCAUAGAAGGUCUCGCAGAUGACUGCGAGGUUAUGGCUGAUGCUGGCCAAGUACAUGGUCAGGUGCUCGAGCAGUGGCCUCUCAUGUUCCAAACGUUGAGUCUAUUCUUAAAUAGCCGUGAACAGCACCCGGCGGACUCCAGUGAUGACACCACACCACUUACUGGAGAACGGCUUGUCCGUAUUCCAGUCGACGAACUUCAGACUGAUGUGUCGAAGCAGUCAGACAUCGGAACACGCCUAUUCCCAUCUGCGAUGACUUCGGUAUAGUUGGCAAGGACAGGUCCAUGCGCAAUCCAUGCUAGCGAAUUUUCACUUCACUUGCG